UGAUCUCAGCGACGAGUGCGGAUCUGUCUCUUGUGUUCGCCCUUUCUUCGACGGACCGACUUGGAGAAACGCUCGAGAGAGAGAAGUGACUCUUCUCAUCCGGCGCGUCUGUGAGGACCCCCCUGGUCAUGUCCGCUUAGCUCCCCUGCGUGAUGCCUGAUCAUGACAGCGGCACCCUCCUAACCAGACAGACCAAGCGCAGACGUGUCGACAUCGGGGUGAAAAGGACUGUGGCUAGUGCGUUAUUCAGCCGCGCCAGGGAGACCCUGCUUGAAAGCAUGAACCAAUCACGCGGCUCCGAUCAGGACGGAGAAUGCUCGCUGGUCGGUCACGGCCACGGCGGCGCCAGCGGUGACGGGGAGAAGUCGAAUGUUUUGAGGAAAUUGCUGAAGAGGGCCAACUCGUACGAAGACGCCAUGAUGCCUUUCCCUGGUGCUACCAUCAUCUCUCAGCUGCUGAAGAAUAACAUGGGGAAGAAUGGAGGGAGUGACUCUGGCUUCCAGGGGAGUGGAGCUCUGUCCAGUGGAGGCUCGGAGGUCCACGCCGAGGACGCCUGCAGCAACUCCUCCGGCGACAGCCCGUCUGACUGCCUCUCUCCCGGGCCUCCUCUUCCCCCUCCACCUUCUUCCUCCUCCUUCGGGCGACCGGUGCCUCCUUCAAGCCUCAACUCCCACGCUCCCUCCCAGCCCCUCUCCCUCUCCGCCUUCGACUUGGACAGGCUGUCGGACGAGCACCUCCGCGCCAAGCGCGCCCGCGUGGAGAACAUCAUCCGCGGCAUGAGCCACUCGCCGCUGGUCCGGCCCAGCGGCGACCACGGCCAAGAAAGCAACCGCGAAAACGAGACCUGCAGCAACAACAGCAGCAGCGGCGGCAGCAACGACCGGCGAGGAGACGGCAGCGGCCGCGGCGCCAGCGGCCACGACCACAGCCGGAGCGACGGCCCUUCUUCCCUCCUGAGCUCUCCGGGCUCGCGGGGCGGCGCGGUCGGCGAGGUUUACAGGGAGAAUAAAAGAAAGCAGCGCCUGCCGCAGCAGCAGCACAGCUUCACGCAGCUGGUGUGUUCCAGGCAGGAGCAGAGACAGGAAGAGAGGCGGCAGCUGAAACUGCAACUGGAGGACAUGCAGAAACAGCUGCGUCAACUCCAGGAGAAGUUCUACCAGAUCUACGACUCCGAGACGGAGGAAGAGGAAGAGCACGGCGAGAGCAGAGAGGCCGACCGCGGCGGAGAAAGAGAGGAGGACGGUAACUUGUCCGAGGACAGCAUCCGCUCCGAUGGCCUGGAGGACAGGUACAGAGACAGAGGGCGGCGUAGCAACGAGGACCUGUCUGAACUGGACCCGGGCCUGUUUCUGGACCGGGCCCGGGCCCUCCUCCGAGAACAGGCCCUGAUAGACGGAGAGAUGGAGGAGGAUGAGGAGAGGAACGUAGAUAGGGUGAUGAAGAGGAGAGGAGGAGCGGCAGGAGGAGGAAGGCAGCUGGCCGAGACGCUGAAGCAGGAGCUGAACUGCGCCGUGUCGCAGGUCGUCGACACCGUCGUCAAGGGCUUCUCCUCGCCCAAGCCGGCCGUCGGCCACCAUCUUGGCUGCCACGGCGGCACACCGGCUGCGCCCUCCUCUUCUUCCAACUCGUCCUCUUCCUGUCCUCCACCUUUUGGGCCCCUCCCCUCGCUCACCCCGGACACCCGCUUCGGCGGUGGCGCGCUGGCCCUCGGUAUGAACGGCGACGGCAGUCCGACCCCGAGCUACCACUCCUCCAACCAGAGGCUGCACUGCUUCGCCGACGUGAUCGUCCCGAGCCCGCUGGACUCAUUCGGCGGGUUGAAUGGCCGGCUGAGCGGUUUGCCGACGUCCAACGACCAGACUGAGGCGCUGCCACUGGUGGUGCGCAAGAGCGGCGGAGGGGGCGGAGGAGAGAGCGCUAACCCCUCUCUUCCUCCUCCUCCUCCUCACCAUCCCUCGCUCCACCCCUCUCCCCUCACGGCCUCGCUCGGGUUUAGCCCUCCAUCCUUUCGCCACCCGUUCCCUCUUCCCCUUAUGGGUUACCCCUUCCAGAGCCCACUUUCACACGGGGGUGGCGCUGGCUACCCUCCGGGGCCCAAGGACCUUCAUCGGUCCUCCCCCGAUUCUAUGGACAUGACCCGGGAAACUGUCAGCCUCAGAACCAAAAUGGCAUCCCUCGGAGGAGGCCAUCUCAGUCACCACCACCACCACCACCACCACCACAGGCAGAGCUCACCGGGCCAACACGGGCCAGAGGGUCUGUCCCUGUCCCUCAUAAAGUCUGAGUGUGGAGACCUGCAAGACAUGGCCGACAUAUCGCCCUACUCAGGCAGCACCAUUCAGGAGGGCUUGUCUCCCAACCACCUGAAGAAGGCCAAGCUGAUGUUCUUCUACACCCGCUACCCUUCCUCCAACAUGCUCAAAAUAUUCUUCUCAGACGUCAAGUUCAAUCGCUGCAUCACCUCCCAGCUGAUCAAGUGGUUCAGCAACUUCAGGGAGUUCUACUACAUCCAGAUGGAAAAGUUCGCCCGGCAGUCCAUCAACGAGGGCGUGACCGCCUCAGAGGAGCUGGUGGUGGGCCGCGAUGCUGAGCUCUUCAGGGCGCUCAACAUGCACUACAACAAGGCCAACGACUUUGAGGUUCCUGAACGAUUUCUGGAGGUGUCCCAGGUGACCCUGCGCGAGUUCUUCAACGCCAUCGUGGCGGGAAAGGACGCAGACCCGUCCUGGAAGAAGGCCAUCUACAAGGUGAUCUGCAAACUAGACAGCGAGGUUCCCGAUGUCUUCAAGUCGCCCAACUGUCUACAAGAACUCCUCCAUGACUGACUAGGGCGAGGACGGAAACGCAGCGAGCGAGACACACCUCCGAGGAGCGUGAGAAGACCGUGAGAAAGUGAGGCUGAGGUCUUCAGGACAAAAUGCGUUUGAUGCCGAGACUUGGUUUUACUCUGGAG